AUGUCUGAAUUCAGAAGGAUCAUAAUGUCUUCAUUCCUGAUGCUGCUGCUCCACUUUACAGCAGCAAAGUUGAAAUAUUCCUCCUUCACGGUCAGACCAGGAGAUGAAGUCACUUUGCCUUGUGACAAUGUGAUACAUGAUCAGGAUAAAUGUGAGAGUACUAGCUGGCACUUCAUUGAUUCAAGUAGCUCAACAGCAGUAGAGCUGGUUCAUCGUGGGCAGAUUGGUAAAGAAGACAAAGCUAAAUCAGACAGACUGAGAGUUACAGAGAAAUGUUCUCUGUUUAUAAAGAAGGUCACAGAGGAGGAUGCUGGUCAAUACAACUGCAGACAGUUAAGCUCAGGACAACAAGAAGGUCCAGUCACUGUGUUUGAUCUGUCUGUUGUUACCAUGACUGAACAUCAUGACAAUGAUGAGGUGACGUUAAACUGCUCUGUGAAGACACAUGGACAGUGUAAACACCCAGUGAAGUGGCUGCUUCAGGGUCGAGAUGUGGUUAAAGAUCACAGAAAGAUAAAGACAUCACAGUCUUUCUGCUCUGCCUCUGUGACAUUUCUGACUUUUCAUUUUAGUAACACACCAAGGUUUGAGUUGUUUACUUGUGUAGUAAGAGAUGAGUACACAGGAGAAGAACAUCAGUUUCCUUUCAGCCCUCAGUCCUCAGGUUGGUGGUGGUGGAUCAUCGUUGUGAUAGUGGGUGUUGCAGCACUCACAAUAAUCACUGUGGCUGUCAUCAGACGGAAGAGGACUCAAGGGAAUGAAACGCAGACAGAUGACAACGUGGCUGAUCCUGAAGAUGGUGCUUCCUACACCUCCGUCAGCUACACCAGUACGACCAGCAGUAAAGCCAGGGCUCAUGAUGAUGAAGAUGAUGCACUGACCUACAGCACUGUGACGUAUCGUCCGCACGGUUCCGUCGCGUUGAAGCUUGCCGGUGGGCGUGUCUGGUGCGCGACCAACAACCAAUCACAAAACACUUCUCCUUCAGUUCUCAGAAGAGAAAUAAAGAAGCAGCAGGUCAGAGACUCUGACAGUCGAGAGCCAGAGACCGAGAGAGAAGCACGAUGUCUGAAUUCAGAAGGAUCAUGA